GGCGGAGGGUCCUCUGCGCCUCGGAGCUGCGCAGUAGCGCACUGGGUGUAGUCUGGACUCUCGUCUUUUCCUGCUGGAGUUUGUUGCAUGGCGGCGGCGGACACAAAGAGCUGAGGCCGAGCGCAGACCCGCACACCCCCACACAGUACACAGCACAGCCGGACACGAGCUGCGGAGGCGGCCGGGACGGAGACACCCGCCCUACGCUUCAGUCGCUGCCCGGAGACGGUUCAUGUCGGUAACCGGGGAGUUUCUGCAAACUCUGAAAAGUUGAAGGAGAGUUCGCGAGGGAGCCGCGCGCAGUCUUCUGAUCGUGAGGGAGGACGGAGGGGGCAGGAAAAAUGCCGAGUGUGAUCCGGGCUCUGGUGGCUCUGAGCUGGGCGGCGGCGCUGUGCGUGCGCGCUGCCAUGGACGAGUGCUCGGACGAGCGGGACUGGCCGCAGCGCUGCAUGCCCGAGUUCGUCAACGCUGCCUUCAACGUGACGGUGGUGGCCACCAAUACCUGCGGCUCUCCGCCCGAGGAGUACUGCGUGCAGACCGGCGCCACCGGGGUCACCAAGUCGUGCCACAUCUGCGACGCCCGGGACCCGCGGAACCACCACGGCGCCGCGUACCUGACCGACUACAACAACCAGCAGGACACUACCUGGUGGCAGAGCCAGACCAUGCUGGCGGGGAUUCAGUACCCGAACUCCAUCAACCUCACCCUGCACCUCGGUAAGGCCUUCGACAUCACCUACGUCCGCCUCAAGUUCCACACCAGCCGGCCGGAGAGCUUCGCCAUCUACAAGCGGACCAGCGAGGGCAGCCCCUGGGUGCCGUACCAGUACUACAGCAGCUCCUGCGAGAAGACCUACCAGAAAGCAAACCGCGGCUUCAUCCGCACCGGCCAGGACGAGCAGCAGGCGCUCUGCACCGACGAGUUCAGCGACAUCUCGCCGCUCACGGGAGGAAACGUGGCCUUCUCCACGCUGGAGGGACGGCCCAGCGCCUACAACUUCGACAACAGCCCCGUCCUCCAGGACUGGGUGACGGCCACCGACAUCAGAGUGACCCUGAACCGGCUCAACACAUUCGGAGACGAGGUCUUCAAUGACCCCAAGGUCCUCAAGUCCUACUACUACGCCAUCUCUGACUUCGCGGUGGGAGGAAGGAGGAGAUUUUCCUUCUGCACCUUCACCUGGAUCUACCUGAGCGUGCUCAGCUGGCAGCUCUGCUCUGUGUCCCCUCAGUGUGAUGACCGAGGCAUGUGUGCGUGUAAACCCGGAGUGACCGGAGAGAAGUGCGACCGCUGCCAGCCGGGACACCACAGCCUGACGGAGGCCGGCUGCAGGCAGUGCUCUUGCUCGCCCUCAGGCAGCACGCAGGAGUGUGACGUGAACACGGGUCAGUGUCGCUGCAAAGACAACGUGGAGGGCUUCAGCUGCGACAGUGUCACAGAGAAGUUUUUGGGGAACCAGGUUUUGAGUUAUGGGCAGAACCUGACCCUGAACUUCCGAGUGGACCGGCGGGACAGCCGUCUGUCGGCCGAGGAUCUGGUGCUGGAGGGGGCGAACCUGCGGGUGGCCGUCCCCCUCAUCGCCCAGGGCAACUCCUACCCCAAUGAGAACACGCAGACAUAUGUGUUCAGGCUCCACGACAGCACAGAUUACCCCUGGAGGCCGACCAUCAGCCACGCCGAAUUCUACAAACUUCUCCACAAUCUGACGGCCAUCAAGAUCCGCGGCACCUACAGCGACAGGAGUGCUGGUUACCUGGAUGAUGUCUCCUUGGUGACAGCAAGGCGGGGACCAGGUGUCCCGGCCCGCUGGGUGGAGCAGUGCACGUGUCCUCAAGGUUACCAGGGUCAGCACUGUGAGCAGUGCACGGUUGGAUACCGCCGCGCCCAGCCGGAGCUCGGACCCUUCAGCUCCUGCGAGCCGUGCAACUGUAACGGCCACAGCGAGACCUGCAACACCAACACAGGAGCGUGCGACUGUCAGGACAACACGGCCGGUCUGAGCUGCGAGCGCUGCCAGGACAGUUUUUAUGGCGACGCCACCCAGGGAACGCCAGGUGACUGUCAGCCAUGUCCCUGCCCGCCCGGAGCCACCUGCGCUGUCGUUCCCAGAACCAGAGAGGUGGUGUGCACCAACUGCCCCACUGGGACUACAGGUAAGCGCUGCGAGCUGUGCGAUGAUGGAUUCUUCGGCGACCCUCUGGGUCAGAACGGCGGCGUAGUCCGAACGUGUCGGAGCUGCAAGUGCAGCGGCAACAUCGACCCCAACGCCGUCGGAAACUGCAACCGCGAGAACGGAGAGUGCCUCAAAUGCAUUUACAACACCGACGGCUUCUUCUGCGACCGCUGCAAAGAGGGUUUCUAUGGCAACGCGCUGGCCCCCGAGCCUGCCGACAAGUGCAAACCCUGCGCCUGCUCGCCGCUCGGCACCAGGAACCAGCAGACCAGCUGCUCUCAGGGCACGGGUCAGUGCGAGUGCCUCCCCAACGUGGCCGAACGCGACUGCAGCGCCUGCAUGCCCGGCUUCUUCAACCUGCGGAGCGGGAAUGGCUGCGAGCGGUGCAACUGCAAUCCCAUUGGCUCCACCAACGGGCAGUGUGACAUCGUUACGGGACAGUGCGAGUGUCAGCCGGGCGUCACCGGCCUUCGGUGCGAGCGCUGCGAGACCAACUUCUUCGGCUUCAGCGUGUCUGGAUGCAAACCCUGCGAUUGCGACCCCGAGGGCUCCGUGUCGGGUCAGUGUAAGGAGGACGGUCGCUGCGAGUGUCGGCCCGGCUUCGUCGGAGCUCGGUGCGACAUGUGUGAGGAGAAUUACUUCUACAACCGCUCGGUGCCGGGCUGCCAGCAGUGUCCUUCCUGCUACAGUCUGGUCAGAGACAAGGUGAACCAGCAGAGGCAGAAGCUUCACGAACUGCAGACGCUGAUCGAUAACCUCGGCUCGGGUCAGGACACCGUCAGCGAUCAGGCCUUCGAGGAUCGUCUGAAGGAGGCAGAGAGGGCCAUCAUGGACCUGCUGGAGGAGGCCAAGGCCAGCAAAGAAGCGGACCAAGGCCUGCUGGACCGCCUAAACGGCAUCAACAACACUCUGACCACUCAGUGGAACCGUCUGAAGAGCAUCCGAAACACAGUGGACGACACCGGCACUCAGGCCGACCUCGCCCGGGGCCGAGUACGCGACGCCGAGAACCUGAUCGACCGCGCCCGCCAGGAGCUGGACAAAGCCAAGGACGCCAUCAGCAAAGUGGACAUCAAACCGCCCGGCGGCACCGGAGCGCCCAACAACCUGACGCUGCUGGCCGAGGAGGCGCGGAAGCUCGCCGACAAACACAAGAUGGACGCUGACCAGAUUGAGAGGAUCGCCAAAGACGCCAACGAUACGUCCAACAAAGCAUACAACCUGCUGCAGAAGACUCAUGAGAAAGAGAGGAAAACGAGCGAGGAGAUCGAGGAGCUCAACACGAAGUACAACGAGGCGAAGGAACUGGCCAAGAGCCUGGAGAAACAGGCCACCAAGGUUCAGACCAAGGCCGAGGAGGCCGGAAACAAAGCUUUGAAGCUCUUCGCUAACCUGACCAGCCUCCCGCAGAUCGACACCAAGGCCCUGGAGGAGGAUGCCAAUAAGAUCAAGAAGGAGGCGGCGGACGUCGACAAGCUGAUCGAUAAGACGGAGAAGGAGUACAACGACCUCCGAGAAGACCUGAAGCCCAAAGAGCAGGAAGUGCGCAAACUGCUGGAUAAAGGCAAAAGUGAACAGCAGACGGCCGAUCAGCUGCUCGCUCGAGCCGACGCCGCCAAAGCUCUGGCCGAGGAGGCGGCGAAGAAGGGCCAGGCGACGUUUAAGGAGGCUCAGGACAUCCUGGACAACCUCAGAGCCAACGAGAAGACCAGGCAGGCGGAGGAGGCGCUGGGCAACGCUGCCGUCGAUGCUCGAGAGGCAAAGAGCAAGGCGGAGGACGCCGAGAGGAUAGCCAGUAAUGUGCAGAAGGGCUCCGCCAAGACCAAAGAGGAGGCGGAAAAAGCCUUCCAGGACACCACCAAUCUCGACAACGAGGUCAACGACUUGAUGGCACAGCUGACCGACGCCGAGAAGGAGCUCAAGGAGAAGAAGGCCCAGGCCGACCAGGACAUGAUGAUGGCGGGGAUGGCUUCAAACAGUGCAAAGGACGCCGAGGAUAACGCCCGCAAAGCGAAGAGUACAGUGAAGACGGUCCUGAAGGUCAUCACGGACCUGAUGAACCAGCUCGGAAACAUCGAUAAGAUCGACCUGAGCAAACUGAAUGAGAUCGACGAGUCGCUGAAGAAGGCCAAGGGCGAGAUGGACAAAAGCGACCUGGAGAACAAGCUUAAGGAGCUGAACAACGUGGCGCAGACUCAGGAGGCGAUGAUCAACGACUACGACCGGCAGAUCCGCGAGAUCCGCGCCGACAUCGCCAACCUCAACGACAUCAAGAACACAUUACCCGAAGGCUGCUUUAACACGCAGUCCCUGGAGAAUCCUUAACCCUAACCCCGCCCUUCUCUUCCUCUAGCCCCGCCCCUUGCCCCACACUCACAUCUAACACUCCGGCGAGCACGCCGCCUUUUACCAAAAACACUUUUUGUUUCAGAUUUUUUUUUCUUUGACGAGACAGAAGCCGACGUGUGAAACCGUGAUCACGUUUUCAGCCGCCGAGAAGCAGCUGAUUUUUUUUUUCCCGAGACGCAGGGGCGUGGUUACGCUCGAACGAACUAAACGGCGUUGAGAAGCCGUGCGGAGGAACCAGAACCACGAACCCGACGUGACUGCAGCCGUCUGCUCCACAGCAGGAAGUUUGAGCGACGCAGGAAGCUCUGCCCGCAUUUCUGUUUUCUGUGUCCCACCAGCCAUUUCCCAUCAUGCCCAGGGGCGCUUUCGCAGCGUCCGCUCACUGAACGCCACUGCCUCCUCUAACCGGCAAACACAGUGAAGGAACCCUCGCUUUUCCUCUGAAGCUACGUGCCCAUGCAAACAGCAGGAGACCUCCUCAUCCUGCACCUCCUCCGACAGUGUUUUCUCCUCCAAACAGGUUAAAGAUGCAAACUCGGCCGCUCCGCGACGAACCGCAGAAAUCCAAAAUCAUUUCAAAACUAAACUCGUUUCUAGACGACGCAUCGCGAUGAUAUCAAGAUUUCUCGUCAAGCUUGCAAAAAAUUAAAAAUGUAAAACUUGGAAUAUUGAGCCUGAAGAUGUAAAGCCGGGAGAUUCUCUCGAGUUACGAAGGUAAAAUGAAAGCGCCGUCAUGACUGUGAGAGAUGUGAGAUUCAGGAUGUUGUUAAAAAGAUAAAAUGCCGAGUGAGCGUUUUUACCCAGAAUGGCUCUAAAACGCUGAUUUCUUUCUUGCAAUGAGAUGAAAUCUCGAUGUUAUUUCGAUGUUCUUGACGAUUUCCUGUCGCAAGACGAUCUGGGAGAGCGACGCGAGCAUUGCUGCUCCUCGGUGUCGAUAAGCUGUCGCAGGUGUUUGGCAGGAAGUCUUUUCAGUUUUGUGUUUUCGGGGCUUUUCCUGCUUCGUCUUCGGCGCGCUCUCCACGCUUCAACGCUCCCGUCUGGACUGUCACGCGUUAACGCUUCGCUCCAGGCUCGAUCCAACACUAUGCAACUUUGUACAUUUUGCGUAGCGAGAGUUUUAUCUGAUACACUGGUGCUAAUAAUAAUUAUUUCAAAUGUUCUAUUUUUGUGUGAAUGUUUUUUUAUUAUUCUGACACAGAGUGAGGAACUUUUGUCGUGUGUAAAUAUCUGAUGAUUCAGGACGGGCUGAUUUUCUCCACCCUGCAAACAGCCUCCAUCACAAUCAAUCAACGGGAACCUCCAGCAUAAAUAUCUAUAAAUAUCUAUAAAUAUGAAUAUCUCAUCACAUGUGCCUAGUUAUUAUUAUUAUUAUUAUUAUUAUGCUUGCUUGUAUACAAGGCUCCGUGUUGCUGCCUCAUAGCGACACCAUUACGUUUGUGUUUUUGAUUCUCGUGUUAGUUUUCACCCUCUCACCAAUCAGGUUGUUUUUUGAGUGGGCGUGGCCUGCCUCACCAGUCAUUUCACUGAAUGGAGUUAACAAGUCACAUGUGGCUAAAGUAGCUUUUGAUUAGUGUUUUUGUGCCUUAAUAUUAAAGUUCCUGCGAGGGCGUCCAUGCUUUCAUUUUGUCCUCGUGUCGGUACUGAAGCAGGUUUUUCUUUUU